ACAUAAAAUCGUCAAAUUUUAGAAAUUAUGGAAGUUAUCUAAUCUAAUCAAAUUAAGAAACAACAUGGAGUUACAGUGUCAAAUCCAAAAAUAUGAUUGGGGUAAAAGAGGCUCUGCAAGUAAAGUAGCUACUUUAGUCAAAUCAAAAGACAAAUAUUUUGAAAUAGAAGAAAAUUCGCCAUAUGCUGAAUUAUGGAUGGGAACUCACGUAAACGGUCCGUCCAUCAUAAAACGAACAGGACAAUCAUUGAGUAAUUAUAUAACUGAUAAUCCUAAAAGUUUAGGGGAGAAGGUAGCCAAAACUUUUAAUAAUCAACUACCUUUUUUAUUAAAAGUUUUAUCUAUUAAUACAGCUCUCUCGAUUCAAGCGCACCCAACUAAAAAACAUGCUCAAGAAUUACAUGCUAAACGACCAGAUAUAUACAAAGACCCCAAUCAUAAACCUGAGCUUGCCAUUGCUUUAACCCCUUUUGAAGCAAUGUGUGGAUUUCGACCUGUAGAAGAAGUCAAAUGGUUUAUUACAAAUAUUUUGGAACUUGAGGAAAUUAUUGGGUCCUGUAAAUCGGAGGAAAAUGAUGAAGAAUUUCUAAAGAAAUGUUUUAGAUUGAUAGUAACUUGUGAAAAAGAACAAGUUAAGAAUACAGUUAUUGCUUUACAAGCAAGAUACAAGAACUUAGAUAAACUGAACAGGGCAAAAUAUUUGGCAGACUUAGUCGAUCGUUUGAAUGAAGAUUUUCCUUAUGACAAUGGAAUUCUAAUGAUAUACCUUUUGAACUACAUUAAAUUAAACCCUUCAGAAUCACUGUUUCUUGGAGCUAACGAGGUACAUGCUUAUCUCUAUGGAGAUUGUGUAGAGAUAAUGGCGUCUUCUGAUAAUGUGGUAAGAGCAGGAUUAACACCAAAAUUGGUUGAUGUUGAAACUCUUUGCUCUAUGCUGAUAUACAAAGGGGAAAAACCAGAAGACAAGAUAUUCCAGCCAAUCAUUGAAGAUGAUUAUACACAUUUGUACAAACCAUCUGUACCAGAUUUUGCAAUAGCAGAAAUUCAAGUGCCUUGUUCUGUUAAGAAUUACAAAACUAUUAGGAGAAACAGCGCUAGUAUUAUUAUAGUAAUAUUAGGACGUGGAAAGAGUAUAGAUACUGAAUUACAACCAGGAACAAUUUUGUUCUUGGGGUCGGAUGAGGUGUUGCACUUAGUAGAAGUGUUUUCAGAAGGGGAAUCAAUGCUUAUGUACCAAGGAUUCGCCAAUGUUCCAUAAUGUAAUGUAAUAUAUUGUUUUAUUUUUUAUAUAGUUUUUGAUUAUCCCUCUUAAAUUUACAAAUAUUAGUCUUCUCAAGAGUAU